UGUCAGGACAACUCGCGUUGAACACUACAGCCUGUGGAGUCUUAAGAGGUGUAAAGGACUAGCGUACUUCGACUUUGGAUGUGGCUGUUUUCGUCGUACAUGAAGUAUGAGACUGUUAUCUGUCGUUAACAAAUUAGAUCAUGACGGUCAACCUCACAAGCGACAUACACAAAUUCUGGAGCUAUUCUCAGCGACUGCGUCAGAUAUUUGAGGAUACUAAAAAAUGUUUCGAUGACAUAAACGCGUCGGGCAACUUUGAUGGAACCCAGAUUGUUCAUGCUGAGCUGUUGAAAGAAGAAGAAGCAGAGAUUGAACAAAUAAUCACAAGUCCACCUACAAUUGUGGUUUUCGGUCAGACACCAUAUGCACGAUAUCGUAUUGUGAAUGAACUAUUUAGCAAAAAUGUCUUGCCAUCCUUGGAAAAUGAAGAUGAGGUGGGUCGUCUGCGGUUGGUGCGCUUCAAGCAUGGUGAAACUCCUACAGUUUCUCUGACCUUACCAGAAGACUUUGAUCUUGUUGAAACUUUGGAAGCAGACUGUGGCCCUUGGCACACUGUUCCCCACAAAGACCUACUGGUGGCAGACACUGAGCAGAGUCAGAAUGUAGACACUGCAUUGGGUGUGGCAUACCUUGAGGUUACGCAGAACCAUCCGCUGCUGCGGUGUGGCACCAGUGUUGUCGUGGCACCAUCAAUGCCCAAUGGACUUACGGAAGAAGUAGUCAGAAAAUGUGUAGAGCAUACACCUGCCAUUCUUAUUUAUGGUUUUUCUUGUGACCAACUUCUUGACAGGGAUGUGCAGAACUUGGGGGAGAUUGGAAAAGUUACUGCUUUCCAAUCUGUCUGCUUUGUCCGUGUGCCACCACCAGGGUCCAACACAGUUGACACUGACCCUCCAGAUGGUGCCCCAGAAAUCUUAGCUAUCACACCUGGAAUCUGUGGAGAGGGCGCACAAAGACCAGCAAAAAGUGUGGAUGCUGCACAGUCCAGGGUAUCAGCUGUGGGCGUCAACAGCAGCUCCUCAGUUUCUGUGUCAUUUUCCAAGGCCACUGACGUUCAUCCAACACAAGAUCUCUGUCAGCAGCUCCGGCGCCUUGGUUUCCUGCCAGGAUCGGAGGAUGAGGCAGAACUUCGCAAAGUUCUGGCCCAGGAUUAUUUCACUGUGGAGAGUGUGUUUGUGGCCCGUUUCAAUGAGUUUCAUGUGACUUUCUCUAGAUUCACACGCCAAAACUUUCAGAGCUACCUAGUGAAUGCUGCUACUGUUCUUAAUAAUUCACACACUCGUUGUCUAAAAAUGUUUAUUCUAUCUGCAUUUGAUAUGGCAAGGGACAUGCUGAUCACGCCCAAGAAGCUAGAGUUUGCACGAGAGAAAGAGGAUGAGUUGUACAAAUCCCUGCUGUCUAUUGCCGUGUCCAAAAUUGAUGAAAUUCGAUUGAUUAUCUCAGAGACCAUUCUUGACAUUUCAGAAGACCUGAAAGAUGCAGCCUCAAAAUAUGACUUUGGGCCUUUAGGUGUGCAGUUUGAUGAAGGCAAGAUAACUUCUCGAGAUUUGAAACUUUGCACAACGUUGAUCCGAGAAAUGGUUCUCAUGCGAUUGAACAGUAGCAUUGCAGGCAAGCUUGUGAGUUCUGUGAACAUUCUAAGGGAUUCAUACACUGGUACUCUAACCAGAUGUUUGGAAAGUUUAGAAGGAUCAACACAUGACAGUCUAGAAGACUCUAAGACCACUGAUGCAUUGAAACAGAUCUUAAAUGCUGCUUACCAAGUUGAGAUCACUGUCCGUUCCAGUUCAUCCUUCCUCAAAUCCCUUUUAGAGAAAAUGAAACAGCUAAUGCAAUCCAUGCCCUGGAAGAGUCCCCCCAUGGUAGACAGUGAAUGGAAAAGGAGGGUUGCAGCUGAAAUGCUCAACAGUCUUAGUGAAGCAAGACUUGCUAAAAGCAUUGCCAGUCAGAUCAGAGAAAGACUGAAUCGUUCCCAUGAAGCUUUUGCUGCAGCAUUAAAGCAGCUUGAAGCACGACACACUGGGAGGUUAGACCGCAUUGAAGAGCAGAGGCUGAAGAUGCGGAAGGUGCACGCCCCCAGAGUUGCAAAACUUGCAUUGGAAUCAACAUCUUUGCGAGAUACCAUUUUAUAUGGUAUGCCACAAAUGGGCCGGGAGAUUGGACGAGGUCAGUAUGGAGUGGUGUAUUCUUGUGAUAAGUGGUCUACAUAUUCUCCGGUGGCUAUCAAGUCAGUGGUUCCACCAGAUGAAAAACAUUGGAAUGAUCUUGCAUUGGAGUUCUUUUACACCAAGAACAUACCAGAGCAUAAGCGGAUUGUGGCACUCCGAGGAUCAGUGAUUGACUAUAUGUAUGGAGGGGGCAUCUCUCCUGCUGUGCUUCUCAUAAUGGAUAGAUUGCAGAAGGAUCUUUACACAGCCAUCAAAAUGGGUCUGGACUGGUAUAACAGAUUGCAAGUGGCAAUUGAUGUGGUAGAUGGACUUCGAUUUCUGCAUAGUCAGGGACUAGUGCAUCGUGAUGUCAAGCUGAAAAAUGUGCUGCUGGACAAAGACAAUCGAGGCAAGAUUACAGUGGGAUUCUGCAAGCCAGAAGCCAUGAUGAGCGGCAGCAUUGUAGGAACACCCAUCCACAUGGCACCAGAGCUGUUCACCGGCCGCUAUGACAACAGUGUUGAUGUGUAUGCAUUUGGUAUCCUGUUCUGGUAUGUGUGUUCAGGCCAUGUGCAUCUGCCAUCAGCCUUUGAGCAGUGUGCCAAUAAAGAUCAGCUCUGGCAGUCAGUAAAGAAAGGGUUGCGACCGGAAAAGUUGCCUGUCUUCAGUGAACCAUGCUGGCAGCUGAUGCAGAACUGCUGAGGUGAGCCAGCAAGACGACCAUACUUUGGAGAUGUUGAAGCACAGCUCCAGAGCAUCCUGGAAAAGACCAAAAGGAAAGGGAGCGAUAAUGGUAAUGGGGGAAAUACUGCUGCUACUGGCAAGGGAAAGAACUCACGGACCUCACCAUCCAGGAACAUUUCUCAUCGGCACAACAACAGAUAAUGCACAACUCCUCCUUGUCACCAGUGUUCUUGUCAACAGAAUUUGCAGACUCAUAGAGAAUUCAUUAAAGUCAUGGCAACCACUUCUUAGUAACUGUUUCAGUAUAUUUACAGCAUUAAGCAUCUGUAUCUAAUUAACAA